AUGAUGCGCCCACGGCCUGCCUCUUCCUUGCAGAAGACGUACGACGAGUGUUAUCUCGCGUGCUCCACCGCCGUAUACUUUGAGGGCCAAAACAAUGAGGAGGAAGCAUUGCGGUCCUGGAGAUCUGCUCUUGAGACUAUCUACCAUCACAAUGCCCGCCGUGUACCUUCGAACUAUAUCCCGAAAUCUGAAACAGAGAAGGCCCUGCAGGAUUCCAUCCGGGCGCUAGAGAUUCAAUGCCGAGAACGGGUCGAUCUACUGAGCGCUCUCCAAGCAAGCAGAAAAGACUCGACAGAGGCAAAUGGCAGUAAAGAGAAGGCCACCCUCGUCAAGGGCAAGUCUGUCCCCAACAUACCGCCCCCAUCGCCUUCCAAUACUCCUGGCUGGAUCGGAGAUGGGACAAUCCCUGCUGUGGGCUACACCGACCUUUCCAAACCAGCUGCCAUACCCAGCCAUCCUAUGCUGCCGACAAAACAAAGCCAUGAGUCUUCGCCAGCCUAUGACGAUCCUGGUCCAGCGACCCUGUCAGCGGCUGGCACACCUACACUACGUGUGAACUCAAACUCUUCGAGUAGAACGAAGUCGCGUGGCUCUAGUCCCGAGCGGCGGAAAACCAUGUUGACAACUCUGCGAAGCAGCGACGCCAAGAAAAAGGGCAAGAAAGUCAAGGAUGCAUCAAAAAAGAAGGAUAUGAGACCUGCUGCCUCCACGGCUGCAGGCCUAGCAUGGGGUAGCAUCUAUCGCUCUGCAUCAGGCGAGAAGCCUGUGAGCGACGCGGCCCUGGUGUCGUCCCGGCAAAGCGCCGCUGCCCACGAUCCCAGUUUGCGUCGAGAGUUAGAACCAAGAUCUAGCUCUAGGAAUGAGCCUCGGCAGCCGAGAAUUCGCGGUUCCCGAGACCGCCUAGCAGGGGACCAAAUUCCUGCUGCCCAUUUGAGAGAGUCUCCCCGUUCGUCUCCAAAGAGGUCCUCGCCAAAACCGUCUACUCAGUCGCCCUCUCCGCUACCGCGGGGGCCUCGCCCCCCGCCUGACAGCCCUAAAAUACAACAUCCUCCUCGUACAAUCUCCAUGCCUAAUCCGGCUGACUUUACGGCAUCACCUAAACCAUCCAUCAAACCCAAGCCUGUGGCCUUGCGGUCUUCCCAAGAACCGACAAGCCAUCCAACACAAGCCACCAAGUCCGAGAAUACUUCAAACACUUCUCGGACUCUGUCACCUCGGCUUGACCGUGAAGUAAAUUCUUCCAAUGAUACACCGCGGACAAAGUCUGCACCUAGACCUCCCAAAAUUGGAGAAAGGGCCCGCGGCUCUCCAUCAUCCGCUAGCGGUGACGAUUUUCAUCGCAGUGUCGAUCGGCUGGCUAUAUCUCAAAGGAAUAGCGAUAGUCCAAUACGGCGCAAAGCCCCACCAGUCCAACAAGUCCAACAGCGAGAGACGCCACUGUCAAGUGACCAUGAGUUUUCAGAUCAGCGGACCACGGCAAGCGAGACAGGGGACGAAGAUGAGGAAGAAGACAGUGAAAUCUUGAAAAUCAUGGAAAAAUUGCCUAGAGGCGUGGACCCCCAGUCAGCAAAGCAAAUCCUGAAUGACAUCGUAGUGCGCGGUGACGAAGUGCACUGGGAUGACAUAGCAGGCUUAGAAGGAGCCAAAAAGGCCCUCAAAGAAGCAGUAGUCUACCCAUUCCUCCGUCCGGACCUUUUCUCUGGUCUCCGCGAACCAGCUCGUGGAAUGCUCCUCUUCGGUCCCCCAGGCACAGGCAAAACCAUGCUCGCACGAGCAGUAGCCACAGAAUCAAAGUCAACCUUCUUCUCUAUCUCCGCAUCAAGUCUGACCUCCAAAUGGCACGGCGAAAGCGAGAAGCUCGUACGGGCCCUCUUCGGGCUCGCCAAAGCCCUCGCUCCAUCCAUCAUCUUUGUCGACGAGAUCGACUCCCUCCUUUCUGCCCGAUCAUCUGGCUCAGAGCAUGAAGCCUCUCGCCGCUCCAAGACUGAAUUCCUGGUCCAAUGGUCUGACCUCCAGCGCGCAGCUGCAGGUCGCGAACAAACAAGCCGCGAGAAGAAGGAAGGUGAUGCUAGCCGUGUACUCGUCUUAGCUGCUACCAAUAUGCCUUGGGAUAUUGACGAGGCUGCACGUCGCCGUUUCGUCCGCCGCCAGUACAUCCCCUUGCCGGAACAUCAUGUUCGCGAGCAACAGAUACGCAAGCUUCUCAGUCACCAACACCAUGAGCUAAGCGAUGCUGAUAUCCAGGUCCUAGUACAGGUGACAGAAGGCUUCUCCGGCUCAGACAUCACAGCCCUCGCCAAAGAUGCGGCCAUGGGUCCCCUGCGCAAUCUGGGCGAGGCCCUUCUCCACACACCCAUGGACCAGAUCCGUGCCAUCAUAUUCCAGGAUUUCGAGGCGAGUUUGUAUUCUAUUCGGCCUAGUGUUUCUCCCGAUGGACUUCGAAGAUAUGAAGAAUGGGCUAAAGAAUUUGGUGAGCGAGGCGGAUAG